AUGGUGGAAGUGUGGAACUUCAUUCACUGUUACCACGAUUUGCUGGGCGUGCCGAACGUCUCGCAAGUGCCGUUGAAUAAAGUCUCGUUCUUCAAUUUGUCGAUCCAGUCUUCGAAAGAAACGACUCCUUACUUCGCGAAUGCGAUUCAGAUCCUCACGAAAUUUCUGAUCAACGAAGAGAUCAAAAAGAGAACGUCGAUUCGAAAGCAAAUGCGAGUCGUGGGCUGGGUGAAAACUCUCUUCCAGUACACGUUGUUCUCCGCUCUCUGCGAUAAUGAUAACUACGUGGAGUACGUUCGAGGCUUUUUCAAUCCGUCGGUCCACGAAAUUGAUGAAACGGACGAUGUGUGGACGCGGAUGAAGCUGGUGUUGAUUCAGAUCAUGCGGCAUCCGGACUGCGUGUAUUUCCUUCAUCCGGUCGAUGAGGUUCUCUGCGAUGUUCCGGACUAUCGGAACAUCGUGAAGCAGCCGAUGGAUUUGGAGACGAUUUGCCAGCGUGUUGCGAGUGGAUGGUACACGGAUCCGAUCGAAGAAAGCGAAAACAAGGAAGAGGGAGAGGAAGCGAAGAGAAAGUGA